CUCUAAUUAACAAAAUGGCGGAAGAUCAAGAACAGCAAGUUCCAGCUCAGACUGUAGAGGAACCAUUGGAUCUGAUCCGUUUAAGUUUAGAUGAAAGAAUUUAUGUAAAGAUGCGAAAUGACAGAGAGUUAAAGGGAAGAUUACAUGCAUAUGAUCAACAUCUAAAUAUGAUUAUGGGAGAUGUAGAAGAAACAGUUACAACAGUUGAAAUAGAUGAAGAAACUUAUGAAGAAAUAUAUAAGUCAACUAAAAGAAAUAUUCCUAUGUUAUUUGUGAGAGGAGAUGGUGUUAUUUUAGUUUCACCACCAAUGAGGACUGGUUCCUGAAUUUUUUUCAAGUCAUCAUUUUAUUCUGUUUUUCAUUCUACUUACUUUGCUGGCAAGGAAUGCACAGCAGGAGUUUCAAUAGUUUCUAUGUGGGAUAGUUAACAAUUGAACAAUGUAAAAAUUACUGAGUUUAAGAUAUAACUGAGAUAAGGGUACAAUAUAUUGGAUUAUGACUAAAAAGGACUCUUUUGUGCAUUUAAAAGUGCUAUUUAUGUUGUUAAGACCAACACCUCUAUCUUAGUGGGUAGGUCAGACUCUGGCUUCAAAGGAGCUUUGGCUGUUAAAGUGAUACGUCUUAGAAUGUACAUAAAAUUUAAGUUCUUGAAAUGGUCAAUAUGGGUAUAUAUUCAUCAGUGAACUUAGCUGGUGUCAUAAAAUUACAACAGAAUCCCUAUAAAAUCUGGAAAAUUAACAAAACUAAGUAAUUAUUGAAAUGGUAAAUGGUAAUAUUAAGCGUUAUUCAAUAGUUAAUUGCAUAUUCAUGGAUAAUUACUAAGUUUUUUGGAUUUAUCGGAUUAUAUAAGAAUCCUGUUAUGUUAUUUAUGACACCAGGUAUAUCUACUGAUGAAUAUAUGCUCUUAUUGGCCAAGUUUAAAAUUCUAAAAUUUUCUGUUCAUUCUAAGACGUAUUAUCACUUUAACAUAGAAAUUCAAGAGUUACUAUUUUUUACAAGUUGUCUUGACUUGUCAAUCAUAAGGGUUCACAUGCUUGCAAUAAUUACAGCUAUACAUGAGUGUUGUUGAGGGCCAUUUACUAAAAUAAAGUACUUUAACAACAUCAAUCUUAUGAAGUAUUUCAACUUUUAGUUGUUUAAUGUCACCAUUUAUGCCGUAUACUUCAUUUGUUAUCACAAUAAAUCAAGAUAUUCUAUGAUCUGA